GCUGGCGCUGCUUUUGGGAUAAAGGAAAUCUAAAUUUGGUCAAAACCAGAUAAAAAAAAACUACGUCUUUGAAAACAAAGAAAAACAAAGGAAAGCUUGAAUCCAAAAAAAGCUUGUAUUGAGCUUUUACUUACACCUUUGGUUAGAAGUGCAAUCUGAAGAAAGAAAAUAAAAAGAGCUACUAUGGACUCGAGGGACGAACAGCAACAACAACAACAACGCCAGCGGCUGGAGGAUCGUCUUCGCACGGACAGCGAAAGUUCCACAGAUUCAAUAACUCGCUUUGUAUUACCCAGCGUGGAUGGCAGUCCACCAAAAAUUGUCACCAUGGAUGAGGUGGCCAGCAUGCUGAAGGAUCUACGUAACACUGAGUUGGCCCAUGAGAUAGCCUUGAAUCCGGAGUUUAAGCUACAACAAUAUGUACCACCAAUGGAUAGUUUGGAGGGUCGCAUUAAAACGAUUAUGCAUCAGGCAUUUUGGGAUAUUCUCCGUCAGCAGCUGGAACAACAGCCACCCAAUUUUGAUCAGGCCAUACGCCUGCUGGCCGAAAUCAAAGAGGAAUUACCCCAGCUCUUAUCCCCCAAUAAUGAACGCUCGCUGGUACGUAUCAAUGAGGUGCUCGAUGAUGCCAUCAUUCGUCAGCAGGCGGAACGGGGCGUUCUCGAUUUUCGUUCGUAUGCGAAUUUCCUCAUCAAUAUUCUGUCGCGGAUGUGUGCUCCCGCACGUGAUGAGGCUGUAGCCAAAUUGCGUGAUAUUGACGAUGUGGUUGAAACAUUUCGCAAUAUUUUGGAGAUAAUGACACUAAUGAAAUUGGAUAUGGCCAAUUUUAUGUUGUCUAUGGCUCGUAAAAGUAUUGCCGCCAAUUCGGUGCAGUUUGAGAAAGAGAAAUUUAGCAAGUACCUAAGGGAGUUCCAUGGCCAAGCUGGUUUUCCUGCCACAGAGGAUUGGCUACAGCGUCAUCGCCCUGGUUGUUCCAGCAAUGAUGAUAUCAUCUACAAUGCGUACAUGCAGCUGUUGGACUAUCCGAUGGAUAAAGAAUUUCCCGAACUUAUGCGCAUCGACAAGAGUCGCUUUGAGAAUCUCAGUUGGCGGGCUCAACGUUUGAUUAUAUGCGCCUCGAUUAUUUCCAUUUCUCAAGGGAUGCCAGUGAUUUCACAGCGUCGCGAGAAUCGUCUUAAAUUGGCCCAACAAUUGAACAUUAUAAUGCAGGAUGUCAAGCAAAUUGACCAAGUAUCUACUGCCAUUGAGAGCUGCUAUGAGCAGGUACGUGCCUUUAUUCAGAGUGCCCUGAGCCAGGAGCAACUGCCAGCCAUAAGUGAUGCGGAUCAAGCUGCUUUGAAGGCUCAAAUUAUGCAGCUGACUAACAAAACGUCGCCUGUACGCAUUUUAAUGGCCAAACGUCUGAAUGGCUUUGUCCGUGUUGCAUUGCGCUCAAAUAACGGUAUACCACCUCCACCAUCUGGCUUUGGGGACUACGAGGAGGAACUUGUUGCAUUUAUUGCCUCUUUUCGGCGCCUCGUUUCAUAUAAUCAUGCCGUUUUCGGCGAACAUUUUGCAACGGUGCUCAAUCGCCAGCGUUCGAGUGAUGAGCCUCAGCCAGAGGCCACAUCCAGCGCUGGUAUUGCCACUGGCCACGCGCAAAUGGCCAAGCCUUAAGCAUUCGGGGGCCGAUAAUUGUUUCCGAUGCCUGUCUCUGUGCGCUUUUAGGUCAAGAGUUGGAAUAGAGCCGCCGCCGCCUUCAAGCAUAACCCAAUAAUAAGGACGAAGAUUAGAAAGUGAAAUGAAGUUGACGAGUAACCAUGUACAACGAUGGAGAGAGACAAGAAUGUGACUUUGUCCUAAUGAAGUCCUCGCUUCUAACUUACCGAUUGUUUCUCUUUUUCAAACACGUAGCAAUCACAGACAUGCAUAUAUAACAAAAUUCUUUUUUGUUGUGCGGAGGGUGAAAAACUAGACAAAAAAAAGC